GUCCACCACAUACACACGUGUAAGUACUAUUUGUUGCUCCGCGCCAAAAAUUUAUGUACCCAUCCCACACACGAUGAUGCUGCCCUCCUCUCCUCGCUGGGCAAUCACUCUGUCACCGCCGCCCAUAGUACGACGAAGGGGGGUCAUAUGCUCCGCACAGUCCGAGGCUGGCUUGUAACUAUGCUCGGAGCAUUUUCCUGGAGCAGGCCUUCAAGGUUCCCUUUUCCCAUAAGCGAUGAGCACAGAGUUACAUCUCAAGACUGUAGUCACAUCCAAAAAAAAAGGUCCAUACUUUCCCCUCACCGACGUAGGCAUCCCACACCUCGCCCCAGCCACACUCUCCAAAAGUGACGGCGACGACGGGACUGCAACCCCAGCCUAUUUCGGGGAGACAGACAGAUAUGUCAGCAUCAUCCCACGGGGCGGCGGUGCAGAACACGUGUCGGCCACGGGAUGUAAUAGGCCGGUAGUGCUUUCGGAAGGUGCCGUUCCUGGCUGGCCCCUUCCCAGACUUUCGGGAUCCAUGGGAAGAGGAAAGAGGGGGGUGCUUGUGUGCCUGUGCCUGUGCCUGUGCGUGAAGGUGGUGGUCAGACCGGUGAUAGAUGGUGCUUCAUUGGACAGAUGCCCGGGGCUUAUGGUGGUGGUGGGAACUUGGCGGUCUGCAAAAACUUGGCUGACUGAUCAUGCAUGCCGUCUAAUAUCAACGAGGAAGUGUGUGCAUGCAUGUUGGGUGGCUGCGGAGAAUGGUGAGGGGAAAGAGUGGUACAUGUCGAGAGAAGUACCUGCCUGGCCUUCGCCUUGCUGCAAGACACUCCGCAGCAGUUGUGCUUUUUCUUUCUGCUGGGCUUUUGGACCCCAUGAGAGAAGAAACGACGUGCAUCACUAGGGCAAGGAGGAUCUGCUUAUUCCUUUCACCGCUUAAAAUGUUGGACAAGGAGAUGAGUCUGUGGAGAUG